GUGUGUGUGUGGUAGGUGUUAGUGCGUAGGUCGCGUAUGAAUCUUGUAUACAUGUGAAUUAUUUAGGAUAACAAAAAUGAGUUCUUACAUUCAAGUAUGCGAGGAUGAGAGCGAAGAACCAAUGGAGUUACCACUUGAAGCUGACGGUGGAUUGCUACUGUCAACUUUGGUGGCGCAGUUCCCGGGUGCCAGUGGGAUCAAGUAUCGAAGUGCCUCUAAUCCCUCUGCCUUCAGAGGAGUUCGGCUCCUGGAUGGAGUGUUCCACAUACCUGAAGAUGGCUGGAAUAAUGUUUUCAUCUGCGUAUUCCCCAAAAAUUAUACCUUUGUUGAAGAGAAUAACCGGAAGCAUGAAGAACGUGUGGAUAUCCAGUGUAAGAGUAGAAGGAUGGAUCGCUACCAACGCUGCUCUGACCUCAUUGUGCUUGGCCUGCCUUGGAAGACCACCGAACAACAACUCCGGGAAUAUUUUGAAUCAUUUGGAGAAGUGCUGAUGGCACAGGUAAAGAAGGACCUGAAGACUGGCCAGAGCAAAGGCUUUGGUUUCAUCAGAUUUGCUAACUAUGAACAUCAGCAGCAGGUGCUAGCCCAGCGACACAACAUUGACGGGCGAACUUGUGAUGUUAAGAUCCCUAACUCUAAGGAUGGAUGUGGACAGCCACUGAGCAGCAAGGUGUUCGUAGGGCGCUGCACGGAGCAGCUCACGGCUGCCGACCUGCGUGAUUAUUUCGACAAUUUCGGUGAGGUCACGGACGUCUUCAUCCCCAAGCCCUUCAGAGCUUUCGCCUUCGUGACGUUCAUGGAUCCACAUGUGGCUCAGGCGCUGUGUGGCGAGGACCACAUCAUCCGAGGCACAUCAGUCCACAUCUCCAGCGCCGCCCCAAAGCACGACUCUAGAACUAGCGGGCCGUUCGGGCGUGGUAGUGGUGGAGGUGGACGCUACGACCGCAACUCCUACGGCGGCAGCAACUACUCUCAAGGAAGCUGGGGUGGCGGAGGAGGAGGAGGAGGAGGCGGUGGUUGCUGGGCUGGUGGUGUUGGAAGUAGUGGAAGAGAAAUGCCUAACUUAGCCGCCUUAGGCGCUUCUCUGGGCUUUGGAAACGCUGGUAACAGUGGAGGCAGCGGCAGCGGUGGUGUUGACGUUGUAGGUGGCGGCAGUGGAGGGGUGGGCAGUGGUCAUAUGAACAUGGGCCCCUUGACCGCCGCUCCAUGGUUGGCAGCGUUGAGCCAGGCCGGCUGGGGCCUCCUAGGAGCCAACAUGAGCCAACAGGGAGGUGCAGCAGCAGGAGGAGGAGGAGGAGGUGAUCACCAGCAGAGUGGUUAUGGUCAGGCGAGCAGUCCGCCUCAGCAAGGUCCUCCUCCUCAAGGGGGUGGCAUGCCCCAGUCGCCGCCCUACGCCACUGGUAACUGCAGGCCCUCUGCUGCUCCCGGGGACUACAACAACGGAGGGGGCGCCGGCAGUUGGGACUAGACAAUAGUUCUCCGACAGGAACGGCAGUGAUGCGAGCUCGUGUCUGGCAAUAUUUUUCCCGGUAUAUUCCAGCCUUCAUCAUCUUUGAUAACGUGUCAGCUUACAUUGAGCUCUCACAUUUAUUAUGACAUUUUCGAGACAGUUUUUAGUGAACGAAAUAUCUAGAAGUGUGUUUGUAUUUUGCGUGGAAUUUUCUGCGUUUGUACUGGAGUUUAUAGGUCUUAAUAUAUUCUAUACCACAAUCAAACAAAAAUGGAUGGCGUAAGUGGCUUAGUUAGCGCUGCUUAUCGCUCAGCUCAGGGUACUAGCCAGAGUCCGGCCAAGUGUGUGGAAUGCGAGUGAUGCAGUGCUGAGUGCUUGGUGAGAUAUGCCACUGCCUGAAUACGUGCUGUGUGCAUGGCUACGAGAGCUACCUUUUGCUUCAAUUAUCAUAUAAACUAAAGUUUGCUGUUGCUCGCGGCAAAACGAUCUUUUUCUGAACCACUGAUAGCUUUAUGAGCUCCUCGUGCAAUUCUGGGUAUUUUAAAAGUGUGAAUUUUUGUUGAUCGCGUUGUUACCAAAUAAUUAUUAUAUAUAGGUACUUAGAUGUUACGGCUUCAACAGUACAUGGAGAAGACAGUGUGCAACGGCUCAUGAUGGCUGCGUAUCUCUAACUCUUCUGCUCAAUAUGGAACGCUUUACCCCGUAAAAUAGUGCGGCCAUCCUGCACAUAAGUCAAGUAGUUGAUAGUAAUCGCGCGCUUAUAUAGCGCGACGUCUCCUCCGCACUUCUAGAAGAGGAAGCGAAAACUGUCCUAUCAGGUGGUGUGUUAGAGCCUCGUCAACGAGCUGCUCGUCGAUAUCACAAGGUCUAUCGUAAAUAAUCCCCGAUAGAAAUGCCAUUAGCAGUAACAUUUUUGUCAUUGGAAUUCGUUUUUCUCCUUGGCGUUGCAGUGCUUCUCUGUGUGUCUGAAUUAUGUCCCAUUUGUCCAUCGUUUGAAUAUAGCGCUUGCAUGCAAGAACUGUGAUUGCCAAGGCUUACUUUUGAAACUUGGUUUUCAUAGAAAUUUGCACUUGAGCUAACGCAGCGUUUGUUAAGUUCUGUUUGUGUAGAAUAAUGAGGAGGAUAAAGCACCUAUAUGUUUACAAAGUGUCCCUUGAAUUUACUGCCAUUGUCAUCCUAGUAUAUCGCGUCAUUCACCGUUUAUAAUGCAGUGUUUGCUUCUCUGAUCCUGAUUGUGUUGGUUGGCUGUUAUGUGUUCCCGCCGUGUGAGUUCGGAUCCACUCAUCUUUCAUGACUCGACGCCGCUCUCUCACCCUAGCGUUUGAGCUCAUCAUCGGUUUGUUGCUAUGGUGUUAAAUGUUGCUAUUGCAGCUCAGCUUAUUUAGCGUGAUACGUACUCUUAUUUAUUACCUAUUAUAUUGAUUAACGUUUGUACUUUAUUUUUCUUCCAUUGAUACUGCUGAAUUAUCUUGAUUAUAUUAACACUUUGUCUCUGUCCGUGCAAAUAUUUUGUUAUAUCAGCAGGAGUACAAGUUCUGUUUCUUUGAUAGUCGCCCCCUGCUGCAGGAUAACUCAGUUCAGAAAAUGUUAUCUUUGAAAUCAUUUAUAUGCUAUGUCAUAAGUAUAUGUUUUUGUUAAUAUACGCGUAGUCUAGUCUAAUUAUUGCUGUGAUGCUUACUACAUUUGGUCGCGAGUUCCGAUGCUUUAGAAGACACGAGUGAGUGGACCACGGGUUGGUCUUUCUACCAAAAAUCUUAACUUUGUUGAACCUCGAAUACAGUUGACGACUCGUGAACAACACGUGAAUGAAGUGUUUACUUAAAGGUGAUCGUGAUUGAUGCUUCUUGUACAUGAAGACCUUUUUUUGUUUAGUUCCUGUUUAAUAUCUCGAUUAAUUGUAAUCUAGCUUUGAACGUCGGACUAUUUGGACACCUGGGAAAUGGUGUACGCUAGAAUAACAUGCUGUCUAUUGCAUUCAUAACAAACAACUCGUGUAGAGCUUCUGUCUUGUCACGUGAGCAGCACGUCAAGUGAUCUGGGAAUAAUGAGUUACUACACCUCUUGUCUAUGAGAUUUUAAAUGUGUUCUGAUUGAUGUCGUAUAUUUGUUACUGCUUCUAUGAAGUUGCGUUUCCGUUGUACCUCUCGAAAAUCAUGCAGUCCAAUUUGGAGUUAAUUUACGACAUCAAAAUUUUGAUUGAGAAGUAGGAACACAGCUAUGAGAAUAAUUCUUUUUUUCGUGCCUAGUUUAUGAUUCAACAUAAAAUUUCUGAGCAACAUAUUGACUCGCCUUCAACUUUGUUUGUUUGGGAAAAAUAAUCUUCCACAACGAAUUUGUUCCCCUGAAAGCACUGUCAACUUCAUUUGCGCUAGACCGGGCAUGGCCGGCUUUUUUUUAAUUUUAAAAUUUUUCAAAUUUUUAGACCUCUAAAGGCAUUGGUAAGACCUCUCAUUCCUAUUCAUCACCCGACUAAACCUCAACGAUUCUUCCUAAAUUGGAUAUUUCACGACGUGCAUAUUUUUACUAUUUUACCAUGUACAUUAUUAUUUGUUGAGAAUAUUUUUCUAAGUACUUUAUUUUGUAUCGAGAAAACAUGCGAUACAGGAACUAGCACAUCAAAGACCAACCGGGCUGAAGGUUUUCAAUUUUUUCGUAGCAUACCAGCCAGGUGUUAGAAAAAAAGUCUGUUCUUUGAAAAAAUCUCAUUACUUCCUGAUACACCACGAAUACAUUUUUAUGCUUGUGAAAAUCUAAAUUUUUCUUUUCUCUUUGUUGUCUGGAAUACUUAUUUCAUGCAAGCUUAGAAACAACUUAAACCGAUGACUUCAUUGACGUGUGUUUCACGAGGCUUUCUCUCGACUCGCGGCUCAACAAUGUUACCGUCUAAAUAUGACGACUUACGUCCAUAUCUUAUCGUAUUGCGAGACUAGCUCAGUGAUCUAAAAUGAAUGCAAUCCCUGUUCAGAUCAGGUCUGCAACAGAGCUUAGAGAAUGUUGAUGAUGUAAUGCGCCGGACGUUGUUGAGUGUUGAUUUUGUGCCGUGCUUAAUAAUAACUGUUAUUUCCUAUAAAUUUUAUUGCGAGUUAGUGUGCCCCUUGUCGAGCUCGAACGAUGGAGCCUCGCAGUCAUUAUCUGCUUGUUGACGUUUGAGAGAGAAAUCAAGAGUUUAUUCUAUAGAUUUUUCAAGCGUGUCUAGCGCAUAUUAUGUCGCACUCUCCUUCUUUCUCUUUGGAUAUAAUUCCAGAGAACCACUUUUCUUGAGAGUUACUCUUAUACAGAAUCGAUCGAGUGUUGUGUACGCGCAUGUUUUUUAUGCUAUUUUGAGCUUUAUGUGUAAUCAUUGGAAGAGUAUUGCUUCGUUAAUGCUCGCCUUGUGAACACCAAUCAUUUUAAAAGUUGUUCGUUUUAUUCUUCAAGUCAGAACUCACUAUGGAUUUUGGGUGAUUUUUAUCUUUGCACUAACCUUAAAUUCUCUUGGGUGAAAUUCGUUGUGCGUGUGUAUCGCUUCGAGUCGCGAGGCGGCAGCUCGUGUGAUACACGAUGCCUCUGUUUCAUCCUAUUACUACUUAUCGUUUUAAAAUUAAAUCCCGCAUGAGAAGCAGAUCAAUCAUCUCUCAAUUAAAAUUUUUUUUUCAGUUCCGGGAAUGCUACGGACGCUUAUUUUGUCAAUGUGACUGUAAUUUUAGAGUUGUAAUGCCGUGUUGGUUCCUUGUUUCAUCGUAACUUUUUUCUUAGUUGAAAAUUUAAGACGUACGGUGUUUAUGCCUUGAUUGGGCGACAAAGCUUUUGAUUUUGGGCCGCCUAUUGAAGUGCGCGUGGCACCAAACUGUGUCAAGUACCUGCUAUUAUGGUCAGUCUUUUUAUUAAUAAUUUAUUAGUCCUUGUUAUUCUCACUAACAUCUUCCAAAGCUGUGGAAAGAAUUAUGUCAACGAGAUGAAAGUACAUACUUUUUAUGGACUGCUUUUCCGUUAAUAAAAACCAUAAUAAGCACCGUCAUCUCGUUUGUUUCACUGAGCGUCGCGGCGGCGAGCAGGCAUUCCGCCAGCUUUGAGUAUAUUUUCUUCAAUGAC